CUUCGAAUAACUUGGUGCAAGAGUUCAUAAGAAUAAGAAAGAGAGAGCAUCUUAAACCAGCACUUCUUUAUCAAAUAUUGAGAGACUUGAGUAAGAUUUCCAUGAGCAGAAUUGUGGUGUUUGUUGCCAGAAAGGAAACUGCUCAUAACUUGAGAAUUGUAUUGGGUUUGUUGGGAUUGAAGGUUUCAGAAUUGCAUGGAUCGUUAACGCAAGAGCAGAGAUUGGAAAAUGUUUCCAAUUUCAAGAACUUGGUGGUCCCUAUAUUAAUCUGUACCGAUUUGGCAGCCAGAGGGUUGGAUAUUCCUAAGAUUGAACUUGUGAUAAACUUUGACAUGCCCAAGUCUUACGAGAUUUAUCUUCAUAGAGUUGGUAGAACUGCCAGAGCAGGUAGAGAUGGUAUCUCCAUAACGUUUGUUGGAGAAAGCUCGCAAGAUCGGUCGAUUGUCAAGAACUCGAUCAAGGCAAUCACCGAGAAUCCUGGUAAUGGAAAGGCAAUUUCCAGAUCUGCUGACUGGAAACAGGUUGAAGAGUUAAACAAGAUCAUCGAGAGUAAGGAGGAUAUCAUCGAAGAAGUUAAGGAGGAAGAGAAACUGGCCAAAGAAAUCAUACAGGCUGAAAUGGAAUUGAAUAAAGCCAGCAAUAUAUUAAAGCACAAGAGUGAAAUUCAAUCCAGACCUAGAAGAACCUGGUUUCAAUCACUGGAAGAGAAGAAUCCCACCAGUGCGAUGCACCAGUUGACUAAACACGGCAAGAAGGUCAACCAUAAUAAAAGAAAGGUCAUUGAGGAGAGGAAAGACAUAUCCAGACCUUACAAAAAGACUAAGGCUGAUCGUAUGAAUAAGGAUGUCAAAAAGUCUAAUAAGAAGAGAAGAUGAAAAAUAGGCACAAAUAAAUAAUUAGCGCGACAAUAAACAGUCUC